AUGAAGAGCCACCACCAUGAUAAUUCCAUCAGUACCUGCAACGAAAGAAGUGCGAAGAAGAGCGUGCAGAUAUUCGGUGCCAAGGUCGCAAGGCUGCACAGUAAAUCUGGCGCCGACGGACGAGUUGUGCGACGAGCUCAUUAUUCCGCUCUAACGGAUGGAUGUUGUCCUUCGGAGGCGUUCCAUUCAUUGACGACGACGUCGACACUACGCCGCCGCGCCCGAGAAAAGUGCAUGCGACCGCGACACGCGCUCCCCGACACGGCCGAAUCGAAGAAUGGCAGAACCAUGUAUCCUCAGCAUUGAAGACAGCCUGAAGC